AUGAAUGAAAAGAGAUUAAAAUAAUAUAGUAAAAAGAAAUGUGGAGAUUUAAUUAUUACAUGUGAUGAGGAGUGUGAUGAUGGUAAUCAAGUAGAGUAUGAUGGAUGUUAUAUGUGUAAAUAUUCAUGUCCAUUGAAUUGUAGUAAAUGUUAAUUUGGGAAAUGCAAAUAAUGUUAACCUAGAUAUGAAUUAAUAAAUGGAUAUUGUAAAUAUAAUUGUGAUGGUUAUGAGAUUUAGGAUGAUUAAGAAAAUAGAAAUUGUAUUAAUAGAAUUAAUAAUUUGAUUGAGAAUGGUCAUUACUAACAUAAUCUAUUUAAUAACGAAAAUUCUAAAUAUACUUUAGUCAGUAGUUUAACAUGUAAUCUAUAAGAUUUUGGAAUUUUUGGAUAUUUUUAUAAUUAAUGUAGAAUACCAGUUAUACAAUAUUGUAAGGAAAGUCUUUAUGAUAAAUGUCUAGAAUGUGAUGAAUAUUAUAAAUUGGAAUAUAAUAAAUAUAAAUGUACUCCCUUAUGUAAUGAUGGAAUUGUAAUAGAGAGAGAAUAAUGUGAUGAUUAAAAUAACAUAUAAUUUGAUGGAUGCUACAAAUGCUAAUAAAGUUGUUUAUUGGAAUGUAUAAAUUGUAUUGAAAAUAAAUGUUAUUAAUGUCUUGAUGGUUGGCAACUUAUAGAUUAUAGUUGUUAUCAAUAUUGUGGAGAUGGUUAAGUAGCUAAAUCUUCAAUGGAAUAAUGUGAUGAUGGCAAUUAUAAUGAUGGAGAUGGAUGUUAUGAAUGUAAAUUUGAAUGUUUUCCCUUUUGCAGAUCUUGUGCUGAUAGAAAUACAUGUUUGGUUUGUGAACAAUAUUUUGAAUUAUAUAAGAAUUCAUGUAAACCAAUAUGUGGAGAUGAUUAUAUUAUAAUUGGAUUAGAAGAAUGUGAAGAUGGAAAUGAUAUACCUUAUGAUGGUUGUUUUAAUUGUUAAUUUUAGUGUGAAAAAGAAUGCUAAAUUUGUCAAUUAGGAUUAUGUAUUGAAUGCAUAGAAGGAUAUAUAAUUCUGAAGGAUUAUUGUGAAGUUUAUAAUUAAACUUAAAUUAUGGAUGAUGAAGAAGAUGCAUAAAUAUAAAAUAAAUGUGGAAAUGGUAUUUAUUCUAAUGAUGAAGAAUGUGAUGAUGGUAAUUUAGUUGAUGAUGAUGGCUGUUCAAUUUUAUGUGAAAUUGAAUCUAAUUGGUUUUGUAAUAAUUAACUAAAUAAAUCUAGUAUUUGUUAUCCUUAAACGAUAAUUUAAUUGUAAUAUCUUAAUAUAACUUAAUAGAUUUAAUAUGUUUAAUUAUCAUUUUCUAAUAAAGUUAAAUUAAAUGA